AAAAAUCGAAGAUUGUGGCAUUCUGCGAGCUUUGCAAGGAGCGUAUCCCAAGAUCGCAAUGUGAUGCGAAAGCACAGCAUAGCCACUGGUUCAUCAAACAUGGCGCCGAGGAAGGAGCGCAAGGUCGCACAUUGCGAUGGAUGGCUUACCUUUUGCGAGCGGCGGGAAUGGACGGCAGCGGCCCGAUGAGCUUGAAUACCUUCGGCAUAAUGGAUGAGGUUCCUACUUCAGCCAAGAACACGGAUGCUGCAAAGUGGUCCAGGUGCCAAAACAACAGGGUUGAGUCUCUCCUCACAUACACGAACAUACACGAAAAGCUGUGAAGCAAGGACUACGAGCCACAAGAAGAAGGUGCCUAUGAAGAGAAAUGCGGCGGAUGACGACACUGCAAGUCUGUCGAGGAAGGCUGUGAAAGUCGCAAAUCAAGCAGCCUUGCCAAGCACGUUUCAAGUGGAGCCAAGUCUGAUGCUUGUCAUCUUCUCUUUUUUCUUCCCCCUCUCGGACGCGAUCAUGAGCCAGGCCAAGGAGACGCUCAACCCAUUGGAUGUGUUAGGCACUGUGGUCUGCGGCAAUGUUGAAGACUUCUUGGCCCUUUAUCUCCAAUAUGCCACCCGUAUCAGGGAGGAAUUGCAGAAACCAAAAGAGGGCCAGUCUCUUGGAAGUGCGUGGUGCGAGGAUUAUGCCGGAUUUUGGCGCCGAUUCGUUGCUUACGCAUGCCUGAUUUGUCAGAGCGAUGCAAUGGACGAGAGAGAAAAGGACUUGACCUGUUUGUUGCGCUUGGUGUCGCUCAACAAAGCGCACAUUGCGAAGGAGACCCCGCAUAUUGGCAAGUUGGAGGAAAGGACCCUCAAAAGCGCCUAUAACCUUUUCAAAGACGGCGGGCGGCGUACUUCAAGCUUGCACAGAGCCCUCAUUGUCGAAGCUCCAGGUAUUGAGGUACACUUGACAGAGAUAGGUACACGUCUUAUGCUAGCGGUCCUAAUGGAGAACGGAUCCAAGGAAUGGCACGAUACCGUAGGCAUAAAGCUUCUACAGAUGAGCACACCAUCAGAGCCUUGCUCGAAAGCUUGUCUGUAAAUGCCGCAAUAAAAGCUCGCCGUCCGCGUUAGACUGUGCAACCUCACCUGUAUUGCUGUACCCGUGGAUGUCGCUGUCGUUGUAAGCAGUAGCUGCUACUGUACUUCCGUGCAAGCGGAAACAAGAUCUGAAGACCAUGUCGAUGAUAGCACAGACUUGUAGCAGUUCGCUUCUCACACAUAUAGCAGGUAGCAUUUGCUCCUAGGCCAUGCUCGGCCCCUUUCAUCCUUUC